AUUCUGUCGAAGCAAGGUAAAGCUAUAAUGCAAUUUGGUGUUGCGGGUACAGAGGAUGGACAGUUGUUCUAUCCGAAGAAAGUAGUUGCGUUGAGACCACGACCAUCACUUCCCGAUGGCGCAUAUAUCGUUGUNGUUUCAUUAUGUCAUUAUUAUUUUAUUGAUUUCAUCUUAAACUUUUUAUUGGAAUUGGCCACCUAUAUCGAGUAUGUAUCAGCAUUGACCGUAAAUGAAUCCGGUCAUUUGGUUGUCUUCAAUAGUACUGGUGCUAUGUUCGUGCUCGAUAUUGAUCAAGGUCCUACAGCGAAGGUGUUGAAGUGGGCUGAUUGCGGGAAGGUACUCUGUGAAGCAUCUGAUGUGUCUGUUUUUGAGGGUCUUUACUAUGUGACCGACUAUAAACAGCAUUGUGUUGUUGUGCUGACAAUUGAUGGUGAAUUGGUGCGUCGGUUUGGUGCAUUCCAACAUACACCGUACCCGAUCGGAGUCGACGUAUCGAAGGCUGGCGAUGUGCUUAUUGCUGACUCACACGGCAAUCAUUUUCACAUUUUGGUUUGCUCGAAAACUGGUCAACGAUUGCAGGAUUUCGAAUGUACACAACUUAAGCUGAUCAUUUGUUGA